AUGGCGCAAACCAAUCUGCCCAGCUACUAUGCGCGAGGUCACUCCGACUACACCAUCGCAACCCAUCUUCGACGCAAGGCGGAGACAGAUGCCGCCUUUCUACUACCCUACAUCAAGUCGACGGACCACAUUCUUGAUGUAGGCUGCGGGCCGGGAACCAUUACGACAAGCCUGGCCAAGUAUGCCAACCAAGGCACGACAAUCGGUGUCGAUAUCUCGCCCGACGUGCUACAAAAGGCAAAGGCACUGGCAGAGGAAUCCGGCGUCCCCAGCCAAGGGCCAGGAUUCGUCAUCUUCGAAGAGGGCAACGUUGUCGACGGCCUUCCCUAUCCCGACAACACGUUCGAUGUCGUCUUCAGCUCCCAGGUCAUUGGCCAUCUCCCGCCGCCGGACAUACCACUCCGGGCCCUGACCGAGAUGCGGCGGGCCCUGAAGCCGGGCGGAAUCCUCGCCACCCGCGACGGCAUGGGUCACCACUUUUACCCGCAGAGCUUGAACCUCGAUCGGCUGUGGGGAGAGAACCAGCUCCGGGCGUCUCGCCGAGGUGCCCCUGAGGCGGAUCCUACCGCGACGAUGAUGCCGGCGCUGCUUCGGGGUGCCGGGUUCGACGCCGAUGGGGGAAAGGUCCGCGUUGGAGCUGCGGCUUCUGUGUCCUCGGGCCCGGAGGCUCGUCAGCGGCUGGCCUGGCGGGCCGAGGGUCAGCUGCAAAAAGGGGAUCCGUUCUACCAGACUUGGGUGGAUGCUGGCAUAUCCGAGGAGGAGAUCCAACAGACUUUGGAUGCUAUAAGAAAGUGGGCUGCGACUGAUGAUGCCUGGCUGGUAAUUCUGCAGUCUGAAAUGCUCGCAUGGAAGUAGCCUACAGCCAGCCGGAAAGCACAAGGACAAGAGUCAAACGAGUAUCGAGUCAUCU